UAAUGGGUUCUCAUAUUUGUUAGAACGUAUAACCCUCUAAUGAAGACUAAAUUACACAAGAGAAGAAAGUCUAAAUUAAUAUCUAUAGACUUCCUUAAAUACAAAAACCAUAACCAAUAAUAAAUUUACUGUUCCCUGAAGAAAAUAUUUAAAUUGAAAGAGAACGUAUGAAUUCUUUACCUAAAUAAAAUUCUUCAGACAAUACUCUCACUAAAUAAGAAUUAAAUUUAAAUAAACAUGAUCCUUUAGACUAUAAUUUAACAAAUGCUUUAAAUGAUCAAUUAGAUCUCCAAAAUAAUUCAAGAGAUGAUUCAAAUAGUGGAUUACAAGAAGGUAAUUAUCAAUUAUAUAUUAUAUAGUUAAACAUAAAUCUAUUUUAAAAAAUAAAGCAAUGGCUGGAUCAAAUUCUUUCAGUUCAAAAGAUGUUCAAAAAGACAUAGAAUCUAUUGGAUCUCAAAGAUCAAUUAAAAAAGUCACCUUCGAUAAAAAAUAAAAAGUUAUUUACAGUAGUUUUAGAAAACCUAAAGCCUGA